UUAUCACCGUUCCACAUUAAAUACAAAGAUGUCGCUGUCUGGUUGUGGCAGAAAGCUUAACUCUAUCAACUCAACCUCGUUGUUACCCGGCCCUGCAAAUGCGACAGCUGGCUGCAUUCUGUGUCAGACGGUGCUGAAGGAAUACUAUGGAAUGACAGUCCUCGUAAUCUCAGCUGACGCCAUAGUAUCAAUCUUCGUCUCCAUAGUCUCCGACACAUGAUGCCAACACGACUGUUUGCAAAAUGCAAAUUUACACUCAAACAUAUUUUCAUAUAUAUGAUUGUAUUUUGUGUAACGUUUAUUAUAUAUUGCAUAACAAGCACAACGGUAUUAAACGUCAGGAAGCCCUUACUUAAAUUUCAUCCACGAGAAUUUUCAAACUCCUCCCACAAAACCAUACUCCUUUGGACGUCUUUUUUCGGGUCGUCGAGUUGGAAUGUGAACUUUAAAUUACCUAAAUGUAAAAGAUAUUCCCCAAAAACAUGUGAAUUGACUUCAGAUCGAUCUCGUCUUGAGACAAGCGAAGCUGUUCUGUUUCAUUUAGGCAACAUAGUCACAAUCCCUUCGGAAAGACUAACGCAACAAAUCUGGGUACUUUUUAAUAUGGAGCCACUUCCAAAAAUUCGCCGAGAUCUUAAGCAGUACAAUGGUGUUUUCAACUGGACCAGCUGGUACCGGAGACAGUCAACAGUGCCUAUGUAUUAUGGAUGGGUUGAAACGAAACUUGACAAAAGUGGGGCAGUACUCAAAGACAUAUUCGCGGAGAAAACCAAAAUGGUAUUCUGGGCAGCGAGCAAUUGCGAAGACGAUGCCCACCGAUAUAGAACUGUGAAAGAGUUGCAGAGAUAUAUAGACGUAGACACGUACGGGGAAUGUGGUGAUAUACAAUGUAGCAGAUGGGACAAAACGUGCAAUGAAAAGUUAAAAAAAUAUAAAUUUGUCCUUUCUUUUGAGAACUCUCACUGUAAGGAUUAUGUGACUGAGAAAUACUGGCUGGCGUUGCAGAGAGAACAAAUCCCCAUUGUUCAUGGUGGAGCUGAUUACAAAGCGUUGGUGCCCCCACGAUCUUUCAUUAAUGUCAGAGACUUCCCCAGCAUCUCAGCACUAGCGACAUAUAUCAUUACAGUAGCUCAGAACAGGACUUUAUAUAACAGCUAUUUUGAUUGGAUGAGAUACUAUCACCUCCCACCAUGCCUGGAAACCAUGAACUGUUUUGACUUAGAGAAUUAUUUUUGUUCGCUGUGCGGAGCUCUGCACGACCGGGGUAUACCUGGCCAAACGUAUACCAAUCUGUAUAAGUGGGCGACGGAUGACCUCCCGCAGUGCAAAGAAUAUACGAUCUUGGUGGAACAGUUUAUCGAGGAUGCUCUUCAAGAUCGGUCUCUGAGUGAGGAUUGAGUAUGGUUUUACACCGCCAAUCUAUUCGAAGUCUAUGAGAUACUAUCAGUCACGUGACAGUGAGUGAGAGUGAGUGGCAUUCACAUGUUGACGAAUCAUGUUUUCCUCAUACGAAAUACAUUUCUAAUACCAGGUCUUAUUUUCAAACUAAUCGCGAAUAUGAAGUUUAUGAGCUGGCCUCCUGCUCAUGAGUGAGUGAGUCAGUGAGUUGAGUUUUCUCGCCGCCUUAAACAGUAUUCCAGUUAUGUCACGGCGUGACCUGCUCAUGACUGAGUUGAGAUGGGUCAAUAGGAGUAUUUGGUGCAAAAUGUAGGGUGUUCUUCUAACAAUUUAAACUGAAAUAGGGGACACAUAAAAGAUAGUUCUGAUUUGGAGGAGAUGUAGUAGGCCAUUCAACAUACGAGUAAUGAAGCAACUAUCAGGAAAUUCAAAUAAGAAGUGAGUGAUGUUUAAUACCAGUAGUCUACAGGAAUUAGAUAGUUCCUAAUUGGAAGUGGAUGAAUUUGGAGAAUAGACUUUCUGUAACAAGAAAUAAUGUUGCAUAUAAAUACAACUGAAACGUCUAUGAUAUCAGUUAGAAUCAUGACAUGUAUCAAGAACAAUCGCACAAGUAUGAAUCUCUGCUUUGAAGGCUGCAUGUACACCAAGCACUAUACAAGAACGACCAGACCGGUGGGAACGUUCAAGCAGAGUGACACCGUCAUGUAUAGGUGCCCUCGCGACUGACGUUAACUCUAGUGAUGUUGGAUCCAAAUCCCCCUACCCCUACCAUCACGACAGACAUGGCCAUAGGCCUGUCUCCAACAUCGACACUCGGCAAACCAGGACAGGUUCUUGUAGACGCCCUUAAGACACGUGAUCAGCAGAAGCGAAGAGAACUCGAGAACAAUUCCUUGAUUCGAUGGCAAAGAAAUUAAAAAGACAAAAGUUUAAUAAACUUGAUCUAUUCAGAAUCUCAGGAAGUAAGGAACUUUUGAAUGAAUAUGUUGUAAUUAAGAAUAAAUAUAGAGAAAUGUGUAGACAGAAGAGAUUGAAGCAUGAUGAACAUUGUAUAAAUGAUCUGGUCAAUAAUAGUAAAAGUGGUAAAUCCUUCUGGAGACGCAUCAACAAUAUUAUUUCUUCACCUUCUGUGACAGGGAACCCAGGUAUUACCAAUAUGCAGUGGACCGAAUAUUUCCAGCAUGUGUUUAAUUUAACUGGUAUACUUGUGGAUGAGGACAAUCUAGAUGAGGCAGAAACAUUUAUGAACAAUCAUGAUAUAAAUGAGUGCAAUUACUGUAAUGAUGAUGUUAUGACUAAUCUCCUUAAUGCUGAUAUAACUGAAGAAGAAGUAUCAUCAGCUAUACAUAACUUGAAACUGGGUAAAUCGGCUGGACCGGAUGGAAUUCUACCGGAAAUGGUGAAAUGUUGUAGUACUUCAAUCAUAUCAUACUUAACUAUAGUUUUUAAUAGGAUUAUGCAAAGUGGUGUAUUCCCUUACGAGUGGGCAAAGGGUAUAGUAGUUCCCCUGCAUAAGAAAGAUAAUAUAAAUGAUGUCAAUAAUUAUAGAGGAAUAACGCUGAUGGAUGUAUUUGGAAAGUUGACGACAACAAUAUUAAAUGAUAGACUCAAGACUUUUGCCGACGUUUAUGAUACAAUCCGUGAAUCUCAGGCAGGAUUCCGAAGCGGAUACAGUACAAUUGAUAAUAUAUUUACAUUACAAUGUUUAGCACAAAAAUAUCUCUCUAAACGUCGGGGUAAAUUUUAUUGUUUGUUUGUUGAUUUCCGUAAAGCAUUCGAUUCGAUUAACCGAAAUCUCUUGUGGUAUUCAUUAAUGAAAAAUGGAAUACAUGGUCGUUUAUUGGUGGUUUUGAAGGAUCUAUACUCUAAGAUCAAGUGUGCUGUCAGGACAUCAAAUAACUCUCUUUUAGAUUAUUUCGAAUCACUGAGUGGUGUAAGACAGGGUGGUGUUGAGUCCUUUUCUGUUCACGAUGUUUAUCCAUGAAUUACAGUCAAUGAUAGAAAGUAGUGAUAUGCGAGGGAUUUUUAUUGGAGAGGAGUUUAUGGACAUAUUACUUUUACUAUAUGCAGAUGAUUUGUGUAUUUUUGAUGACACAGUAAUAGGUCUGCAAAGAAAAAUUGAUAUUUUAUCCAAUUUUUGUAAAAAGUGGGGACUUGAAAUUAACAUGUCUAAAACCAAAAUUUUGGUUUUCAGAAGAGGUGGUACUUUAAGGUAUGAUGAACGAUGGUUUUUGAAUGAUAAACGUAUAAAUGUAAGUACUUACUAUAGUUAUCUGGGUGUUCUGUUUUCAAAUAGAUUGUCUUGGACUAAAUGCAUUGAUACUCUCAAGAUAAAAGCCAAUAAGGCUUUGUUUGCCAUUAAACAAUUGCAAUUUCACUUUGUAAAUAUGCCAGUUAACAUUUUAUUUAAAUUGUUUGACAUUAAGAUAAAGCCCAUUCUUCUUUAUGGUGCUGAGAUCUGGGGCUGCAAAGGUAGUCAAAUUGUCGAAACUUUUCAUACUAAGUUUUGUAAAUUUGUUUUAGGAGUUGGUAAAUAUGUAUCAAGUACGGCAAUAUUAGCUGAAUGUGGAAGAAAUGGUUUGCAUGUGGAUUAUCAUAUGAAGUGUGUUAAUUACUGGUGUAAACUGAUUAGAAUGAAUGAUGAAAGAUAUCCCCGACAGUGUUAUUUGUUAAUGAAGAAGCUGGAUGAAUGUGGUAGAAUUACUUGGGCAACUCAUGUUAAAUAUUUACUCGACAUAUAUGGAUUUGGUAAUGUGUGGUACGAACAGAAUAUUGGUGAUGUUAAGUGUUUCUUGCAGCUAUUUAGACAACGUUUGUUGAAUUGCAACAAACAGAGUAUACAGAUGAAAAUUUAUGAGUCUCGUAAAUUAAGGUAUUAUUCACACGUCAAGAUAUUAUUGGAUAUGGAAUAUUAUGUUACAGCUUUCAGAAAUAGAGACCAUAGACGUAUGAUGUGCCUGUUGCGAUUAAGUGAAUUGCCUAUACGGAGUAAUCUGGGCAGAAGAGAGGAUAUUGAUUCUUCACAACGCUUUUGUAGGCUAUGUAACAAUGGUUGUAUUGAGGACGAAGUCCAUUUUGUGUUUGUCUGCCCGUUUUACGCAACAAUAAGACAAAAGUAUAUUCCUGUGAGAUUCUAUAACAAUCCAUGUAUUAAGACUUUUAGUAAUCUCUUAAAUAGCAAAAAUGACUGUAUACUCAGAAAUGUAGCUAAGUAUGUGAAGGAAGCCCUAUUAUUACGUACCAAGUCCUAAUAUUAUACCCUUAAGAUUGUUUGCAAUGUAAAUUGUCUCAAUUGUAUAAUUGUAUAUUACUAUAUAUAACUGAAAUGUACAUGGGCCUAUGGCCUCCCAUACAUGAAUAAACACACUUUAAAA